UUUUGUCCUCCUUUGCUCCAUUUUGGUUUUUGAGAUCCCGAAUAUACAAAAAUUGGGUAGUACUUUAAUUUUGCCCUUUUUUUUUGAGGAUUAACAUAAAUUUGCCCUGUCCAAUCAAAGUCUACGCGAGACUAGCGUAGACUAGGAGUGGAGAGAUGCAACUUUUCCAAACACAUUUCGUCAAGUACGCUGCGUGGGUACAUGGAAGUUUUAGACACGGCGAUAAGAAAAAGCUACUAAGAUACACGAUGUAACAAUCCAGGUGAGUUGAGGUACAGCUCCCGCGACGCCCCAUCAUUUUUGUUGGUGAAGCGCGUCCCAUCCUCGGAUCGUGGCCGCGGCGUUCAAUUUCGACGCGCGCUUCCCUCUUUAAAGCCCCUUGCCGGCGCCUCGCCGCGUAGUGCGUUGUGUCCUCCCCAAGUGCGCGCGUUCGCUCGAUCCAUGGCCAUGGAGGACGACGAGACGGCGACCCAGAAGAGCCGCUUCUUCCGCGACGCGCGCGUGGAGGCCAUGCAGCGGCGCGUGGACGAGGUGCACGCGGAUGCCGAGGACCCCUACACCAUCUUCCGCCUCCCCGCGGCCGUGCGCGAGCGCCACCCCGACCUGUACGAGCCCCAGCUCGUGUCCGUGGGGCCCUACUACCACGGCCGCGCCGGGCUCGCCGCCGCGCAGCAGCACAAGUGGCGCCUCCUGCGCGACUUCCUCUCGCGGACAAACGAGAAGGGGGCAGCCGGCGGCAGCCAGCUGGGCGCCUACUUGCGCUGCGCGAGCGCGAUCGAGGCCGACGCGCGGCGGUGCUACGCGGAGGGGUUCGACGGCGUGGGCGCGGACGACUUCGCGGAGAUGCUGGUGCUCGACGGCUGCUUCCUGCUCGAGUUCUUCCUGCGGAAGGGCGAGGGCCAGCUCGCCGCGCCCGGGGGCGCCAAGUGGGCGUGGCAGCACAUGUACCACGACGUCCUCCUGCUCGAGAACCAGAUCCCCUUCUUCGUCGUCGAGAAGCUGCACGCCAUCGCCUUCCCCGGCGAGGACGGCGGGCCCGACAGCGAGGGGCUCCUCGACAUCUUCUGCAAGGCCCUGGCCGGCGACCUGCCGUCGAGCCGCGCCAUCCGGCCGCGGAGCGGCAAGACGAUACACCACCUCCUGCACCUGCACUACGAGUGCAACGUCCGCAGCGCGUCCGCGGACGCCAGCGACGCCAAGGGGCGCAACAACGGCAAGGCCGACGCCAACGGCGCGUCGUCGCUGGCCGUGUGGAAGCAAUCGCCGGUCCCGUCCCCGCGCUCCAGCGACGGCGCCGUGAAGGGCCGGCUGACGUCGAUGGUCCCGCAAGCGGCCAAGAUGGAGGAGGCCGGCGUGACGUUCAAGAGGAAGGCGACCCCGCGCGACAUGUUCGACGUGAGCUUCCGCUACGGCGUGCUGCACAUGCCGGCGUUCGUGGUGGACGAGGCCGCCAAGGUGCUGCUGGCCAACCUGGUGGCGUUCGAGCAGGGCGGCGGCCGCGCCGCCAGGCAGCUGGACGGGGGCAACCUGGUGACGGGGUUCGUGGCGCUAGUGGGGUCCCUGGUGAACACGACGAGGGACGUGGAGGUGCUCCGGCGGUGUGGCGUCAUGCACUGCAUGGUCACCCACGACGAGGCCGUCAGGUACUUCAGCCACGUGGUGCAGUACACGACCAUGGACUACGACCGCCACCUGCUCGCCUGCUUGUUCCGAGACAUCCGAGAGCACUGCCAGUGGAGCCGAUGACCGAUGCGUGCGCACGUAGCUGAUUCUUUGCUCGACUAUUAUCAAGUCGAUCUCCACCACUUUGUUUGUUCUCUAUACAUGACAAUACGUUUCCUUCUUCUGUUCUACUCUUUUUUUCCCCAAUGGUUACUCUACUCUCUCCUGUCACAAAAUAUAAGAUGUACUCCCUUCAUUGUAAGGUCUAUUAUUUUCGGCACGGUGAACAAGACACAUAAUUAUGCAUAAUUUAGGAUGAAAA